CGGUAGAUGGAAGAAGAUAAAGGGACUGUGUGCGUGACAGGAGGAACCGGCUACAUAGGCUCCUGGUUGAUCAAGCUGCUUCUUGAACUGGGUUACUCUGUUAAUACUACUGUUAGAGCAGGUAACAAGAGGGACCUUUGCUUCCUCACCAGCCUACCAGGAGCAGAUAAAAAGCUUAGGAUCUUCACAGCAGAUCUUGAUUAUCCCGAGAGUUUCGAUGCAGCCAUCGAUGGAUGCAAAGGGGUUCUCCACGUUGCUUCUCCUUUGGAUUUCCAAGAGAACGAACCCGAGGCAGUAGUGACCCAAAGGUCGAUCAAUGGAGCUCUUGGCAUCUUGAAGGCAUGCUCGAGAUCAAAAUCAGUGAAGAAAGUUGUCUACACUUCCAGUAUCGCAGCGGUGUAUUUCAACAAGGAGAGUGUGGAGAUGAUGGAUGAGAGUUAUUGGACCGACGUCGAAUACGUUCGAUCGGAAGUAAAGUCCGUUGUGAGUUCUUAUUCCAUUACCAAGACAUUGAAAGAAAAAGCAGUUCUUGAAUUCGCGACUAGACAUGAAUUGGAUCUGGUUUCGGUCAUUCCACCUAUGGUUUUUGGUCCCUUCAUCUGUCCGAAGAUGCAGGGUUCGGUGCACACAGCAUUGUCUCCGAUCCUUGUUAUAAGGAGUGGGAAUGACUAUAGUCUUCUUAUGAACGUUUCAAUGGUGCAUACUGAUGAUUUGUCAAGGGCGCUUAUCUUCCUGCUUGAGCAUCCUGAGGCAAAAGGAAGGUACAAUUGUUCCUCGGACACGGUUACUGCUCCAAAGAUAUUUGAAAUUCUUUCAACAAAGUACCCAGAAUUCACAAUUGCAGAUUCCAUAGAAGGAAUUGAAGGAGCUAAAUUGCCUGGCUUGUCAUCCAAGAAACUAUUGGAUUUGGGAUUCAAAUUUAAGUAUGGGGUUGAGGAUAUGUAUGAUGGAGCUAUUAAAAGCUGCAUGGAGAAAGGCUUUCUCCAGUAA